CCCAUUAACUCCCUUUCAUACUGCAACCACACACUUUCAAAUCACCAAAAACCUAACACCAAACGAAUAAACAAACAAACAAACCCAAAAAAAAAAAAAAAAAAAAAAAACCUUAAAAACAAAACACAAACUCAAACCAAACCACAGUUUCUCAUCAAAUGUUCUUCUCUUCCCUCUCUUCCUGCUUCCGCUCUUCCCAACCCACCACCCUCCACGACGCCACGCUCUCCACCAUCCUCACCACCUUCAUCUACCACACCCAAAACGGCUCCAUUUCGCUCACAUGGUCACGCUCCAUGUUGGGUCGUUCCCUUCACGUCCACCUCCACGACCACUCCUCCUUCCACCUCCACCUCAAGCCCUGGAACAAAACCGGUUCCAAGAAACUCUCCCACAACACGCUCUUCCUCUGGAACCUAACCAAAGCCAGGUUCGGCUCCGGACCCGAACCUCUCUCCCGAUUCUACCUCGCCCUCCUCGUUGACCACACCAACCUCACCCUCCUCGUCGGAGACCUCACCCCAAAAACCAGACCCCACAGACCUAACACCAACGCACAACAAGUUCUCCUUCUGAAACGGGACCACGUCCACGUGGCGUCACACCGCAGCAGGGUGUACCAGACAAAGAGCAUACUCGGAGGUAAGGUUAGGGAAAUCCAAAUAGACUGCGACGCUUGCAGUAGCGAGGAGGAGGGUCUGAGGUUGGUUUUCUGUGUGGAUGAGGAGAAGGUUCUGGAAGUGACGCGGUUGAAGUGGAAGUUCAGAGGGAGCGAGCGUGUGGAGGUGGAUGGUGCCCACGUGCAGAUCUCGUGGGACGUGCAUGAUUGGCUUUUCGAAAAGGAUAAGGAUCACGGUUGUAGUAAUUACAGCAGUGAUGUGAGUGGCAACAGUGAUGGUGGUAAUGGUAAAAACGAGGGACAUGCGGUUUUCAUGUUUAAGUUUGAGAACGACGAGGUAGGAGGUGGGAGUGGGAAGGAGGUGGAUGUCGGGUGGUCGAGUGGGGAGUGGAAGAAUGGAAAGAGUUGGUCGUCUUCUUCGCUGUCGGUUUCUUCUUCUGUUGGGUCUUUUGGUGGGAGUUCCUCUGUCAUGGAAUGGUCCAGCGUGGAGGAGAAUGAAUUGGUGGUUCCUUUUGGUUUUUCUUUGGUGGUUUAUGCUUGGAGAAAGUAAAAACUUAAUGGGUUUUAUUUUUCUUUUUCUUCCCUGAGAAAGGUUAAUUGGAUCUUAUGAGAGUGUAUAGAAGAGUAUAUGUGUUGUUUAAAUUGGUCUUUAGCUUUUGAGUGUUUCGGAAAACUAAAUAUGAUUAUUUGACUAGUAUAUGAACUAUACAAAGAUAAGCUCUUUAGUCAAGAGUUUGAUCCACAAUUCACUCUAUCUGUUGGUAGAGAUAAACUUUUUCUUUGAGAGUUUGAAGAAAAAUCAGUUCUUUCUUUAUGAAGAUUAGUCUUGUGAUUUUCAGUCGAAAGAUGGGAGAUACUGUGAAUGUCCAAAGAAGUUCUUGAAGCUAGAAUGGAAGAUGGAAGAUACUGAAAAAAGGUUGGUGACAUGAUAGAGUGAAAUGUUCUCGAUUGAAAUUUAUUGCAGUUGCUAUUUGCACACAUUCAUUGAGUGAGUAAUUUGGCAUCUUUAACCAAA